GAGCAGCUCAGGGCCAUGCAGGGAGCAUGGAGGUGCGAAGGGCUGCUCUGCCAGGCACCUGCUGCCACAGCCGCGUCUCCAGGCUGAGUUCUGCUCCUGAAUCUUUUAUGUGUUUUGGGGGCAGGCAGCUUCCAGUAUAGCCCCAACACCAGAAGGGGGCAAAAGCAUCCCUUGUGCUCAUCCGUCUUCAUCCCGAGCGAUUUUUAUUGCCUUUUAAACCUAAUGGCUUUUAAGCCAUUCUGAGAUAUGACGGGCUGUGACUCAUGCCUUGGAUUCUUGUGAGUGGCGCUGGUGUGGAAGGAAGAAAGAGAGGGACACAGGCGCUCGGAGAGGGGGCAGAUGGACUGUCGGAGCCCGAGGGCAUCUCUCUGAAACGCGUGGCUGUGGUGGAAGAUUUCUUUGACAUCAUUUACUCCAUGCAUGUGGAGAGUUCGACAGAGCCGGGCAAAGCACCCAAACAUGCCGGGCAGAAGAAAACCUACCGAGCGAUUGCGGAGACCUAUGCUUUUCUCCCAAGAGAAGCUGUGACCAGGUUCCUGAUGAGCUGCACAGAGUGCCAGAAGAGGAUGCAUUUCAACUCCAACGGACUGGAGCCCAAAGAGAGCGAACCACCUUCCUCUCUGGUUUCUGGGAUCAUCGAUUACAACAUGCCUCUCACCUCUACUUACCUGAAGCAAAUGAAGCUGCGGGUGAUGAAUUCACAGGAGCAGGAUGAGACGUCAGUGAGCAGCGAGGACUUUGAUAUGAAUGAUUCCACAUGGAUCUCAGCUGACCAGCACCUGAACUCCAGCCUGAGCCCCAGCCAGGACGAGAGCAUGCGCAGCCCGCAGAACCUGCACGGCCAGGAGGACGAUGACUCCUCGUCAGAGAGCUGCAGCGGGAAUGGCUCCUCCACCCUGAACCCCUCCACCUCCAGCAGCACGCAGGGCGACAGCGCCUUCCCCGAAAUGAAUGGGAAUGGCACCGCAGCCCCCAUGGACUUCACUGCCUCAACCGAUGACCAGCCCAUCAACCUCUGUGACAAGCUCACGCCUGCCCACGUCACCCCUUCCUACCAGUCGGACAGCUGCAGCACCGACGGGCUGCGCAGCAGGGUGAAGUACGCGGUGAAGACCACAGCAGAGUCCCCACCAUACAGCUCUGGCAGCUAUGACUCCAUCAAGACCGAGGUCAGUGGCUGCCCUGAGGACCUGACAGUUGGUAGAGCCCCCACGGCUGAUGAGGAUGAUGAUGACCAUGAUGACCACGAGGACAAUGAUAAGAUAAAUGACUCGGAAGGGAUGGACCCGGAGCGGCUAAAGGCCUUCAAUAUGUUUGUGCGCCUUUUCGUGGACGAGAACCUGGAUCGGAUGGUUCCCAUCUCCAAGCAGCCCAAAGAGAAGAUCCAGGCCAUCAUCGAGUCCUGCAGCCGGCAGUUCCCCGAGUUCCAGGAGCGAGCUCGCAAACGCAUCCGCACGUACCUCAAGUCCUGCCGCCGUAUGAAGAAGAAUGGCAUGGAGAUGACCAGGCCUACGCCACCGCACCUCACCUCAGCCAUGGCUGAGAACAUCCUGGCCGCUGCCUGCGAGAGCGAGACGCGGAAAGCAGCCAAGAGGAUGCGGCUGGAGAUCUACCAGACCUCACAGGACGAACCGAUCGCCCUGGACAAGCAGCACUCCAGAGACUCCACAGCCAUCACCCACUCCUCCUAUUCACUGCCAGCUUCGUCCUACUCUCAAGACCCCGUCUACAUCAAUGGAAGCCUCAACUACAGCUACCGUGGCUAUGGGUCCCUGGGAGGCAGCCUGCAGCCGCCUGCACCACUCCAGACAGGGAACCACAGUAAUGGUCCGACUGACCUCAGCAUGAAGGGGGGGGCCUCCAGCACGGCCCAGUCCAACAGCACCAGCAGGGGGAUGCAGGCUGCCCAGCUCAGCCCCACAGAGAUCAACGCUGUGAGGCAGCUGGUGGCAGGGUACCGGGAAUCAGCCGCCUUUUUAUUGCGUUCUGCAGAUGAACUGGAAAACCUCAUUUUACAGCAGAACUGACUCCUCGUGGCUGCGGCGCUCCUCUGUCAGGAAGACAAUUUACACCUGCUAGCAAUUGGCUCCCAGCGGUGUCCCGCUCAGGACCGCCACCGUCCUCCCGUGAAGCGGCGGCUCCGCAUAGUUGUAGAAGGUGGAACCCAACAGAGCUGUUUUCUUUUACACUCCGAGCACCUGGGACUUAAGGCACGAGGCCACGUUCCUGACCUGUACCAGAAGCCAAACAUGCAGCUUGGGAGGACGCAGGACCUCGAGGGCAGAAGGGAGCCUGGGGAGGUUUGGGGCUGCAGAUGUAUUUAGGAUGACCUUGAUGGACCCAAAUGUUAGAAUCCCGUCCCCAGAUAAUUUCCAAGUCUUAGGUGAGCCGAAUCACAUAUUUAUUGAGAAAUGGACCCUCUUCUCCCCUUAGUAAUUUAUUUUUCUGAAAAUGGAUUCUUUUGAGUUUGUACAGAUUGCUGGUUUUGUGUCUGUCUGAUCAGAAGGAAUUUGUUCCUGUGAGAUAACACAUUCCAUAUCACGACACUACUAAUUCCCAGGCAGCUCCGCCUGUUUCUCUGGGCAGCCCUCAUCCCGCAGGGCACGUGUUUGCCACCACCCAGCCCCACCAGCAGCAGCAGUGGGGCUCCACGUCCUGUAGAGACUUGGACGCCCAGCAGACCUCGUGCUAGAAGGACGUCUCGCACUUGCUAAGUCACGGCAGAUAAGAAGGAAGGAAACACCUGAGAAACACUGUCUUGCGUUCACCAUCCGCAUUCUACCUCACACUCCAUUGUGGGCUUUUUCCAGGACCCCCCUGCCCCCCCAGCUCUGUGACUGUCAGCACAGUGGAUGUGGAUGGUGCCCAGGAGCUGCUUGGUGCUGCCCCACAGCUCAGUGACAGCAGCCCUGGGGCAGCAGCACAGCGCCUUUCCAUCAGGUGCGCUGUGCAUUCAGCAGCAGCCCCCAUCUCAUCCCACCCCACCCCGUCCCACCCCAUCCCAUCCCUGCCCUCAGUCCUGGAACAAGCCCACAAUUCCCAUAGUGUGGAAUUGACGCAGUCCGGUCGCCGCUCUGCCCCCUCCCCAACGAUGCACUUCGUUUGCUCAGUGCAAUACCUACAACCAGUGCUGCUAAACCAGGGAUGCGCUCGGUGCCGCGGUGCCACUCCUCCCCAGUGCUGGCAUGGCCCUCCCCGAGGGCAGGAAUCGGCACAGCAGACCAAUCUGAUAGUACAGAACCACCACGUCCCGCGGGCAUUAAGCUGAGGUAGGCGCUCUCUUUGGAGCCAUCUGUUUCAUUUUGCCCUUUUCUGGCUGCUCUGAGCCUGAGGCCAAAGGCUGCUGCCCAUGCUCAUGCUGCAGGAGCCCCCAGCACCACGGGUUGUGGCAUAGCAGGGCUGGGCAGCACAAUGCAGCCUUCUGAACCAACCAAACGCCCAAACACUGGAAGAAAAACAACCCCCAGCCCUUAGUUUCAGUGCAGGAAAAGCCACUGGUGUGAGGAGGGGCUCGCCUGGCCCAGCACAGAAGGGACAAACCCUCACAUUGACUGCGCUGUUCCCCACACCGACACUUUGGGUAACAUUCACUCAAAGGGGACUCAGUCCCUUUGGGGCGGAUGGAGCCCACACAGCUCUGUGCUGUCAGGGCGGCUCCGGGGCAGAGUGGGCCCCAUCCCCAACCCCGGCUCACGCUCCCCCUGCGCGCCCCCUCCCUUCACAUCCUCCCAUCCUUGGAAUUUCUGUAAAUAUUUAUUUUUGUGUGAAUACCACCAAGUAACAAAACCUUUUAUGAAAGAUGGAACCCGCGGCCAUCGGUGAAGGUCUGAUGGUUAAAGAAGGAGAGGCAGAGACAAUCGCUGUCCCAGAAUACUCUCUUUCCAACGUGCUCCCACGCUCCUGCCCCUGCUCUGCCGCAGCAUCCGCUGUGCUGCAGGAGGCUGCUCAGGGGCUCAGCAACACCCCCACAUCCAUCACUAUGGGUCCUAUUUGUGCAGUCGGAGCUGUGUCCUGCAGGCCGCCCUUGACUUUGUCUUAGUGUGGAUUUGAAGUUUCGUAGCUCUUUUCUAAGCUGCUGCAGAAUGCAGCGGAGGCCCCACGGUUGCAUAGGAAGGACACCGAGCAGCCCAACCUUGCCCUAACUCAGCCCAUAACUCAGGGCUGCCCGGCACAGCCCUGCUGCCAGCCACGUCUGUGACAAGCGACGAAACAAACGGGAUUGACUACAGAUUUCUGUCAGGGAUUUACGGUGGUUUUCUUUGGGUUUUUAACUCACUUUGUUACUUCUUUCUUCUUCUUUUUCCCAUGAGCCACAGACUUCAGUCCCUUUGGCACAAGCUCCGUGCAGGUCCCACAGCUCCGUGUAGGUCCCACAGCCGCAUUGCUGGCACUGGGCCGUGCGCUGUUUAACACAAACUCAUUGCUGAUCGAGUAAACAGAUCUCUGUCGUUUCUCCCUUUUGGGGUCACUCCUGGCCGCCCGGAGGGGCUGUUCCCAUGCAGGGUCUCUCCACGGCAGCACUGCGGGGUGGUGGCACUCAGACCUCCCGACCCGCGGUCGGCUCACUACCAGUCCACGACAAAUGCUGCUUUGAACUCAGAGGGUUUCAUAUACUUUUGCUUUGUAAUUUUUUUGUAAGACUUUUUACAAGGUAGCGUAAUGCUUCACCGGAACCCCGACUCCGAUCCGUCCAUGGUCUGAUUUUUAUAUGAUUUAGUGGUGCUUUAGGAACAUUCGUUCGGUUGUUUCGGAGCUGGUCCGGCUCGGGUUUGUUUGGUUGGUUACUUUCUUUUUUUGUUUUGUUUCCGCCUGUAUCUACCUAAGACCAAUGUGAACCUUUGUAUUUUUGCUCCUGAUUUUGGACUCAGUGAAAGUGUACUGUUUACAUGUACAGAACUCCCACCCCAACCCACCCCCAAACCCCGUGUGUUCUGCGCGACCGCUGUUGGGGAGGAACUGCCCUGUGCCCGCUCGUCUGCUUGACCAAGCCACGGUCACACCUCACCCCCACCUCCCCACCCGGGGGAUGGCCCCCAACACCCCACCAGCUGCUGGAGGCUUUUCCAGCAGGCAAAGAUUGGCUCUGAUCUGAGAUGGGAAUUGAUGUGAAGCUGCGGCUGAGCGGAGCUCCAAAGUGGGCAGAAUGGCGGCGCUGAUUGCUUUGCUGUUCCCUCCCGGCACAAGGGUGAAACUGCCCCCCAAAGCACGAGGAGAGCCGGCAGAUUGGAGAGCAGCCGUGGGGCAGAGCUGGAGCUGAGCUCCCCGCAGUGCUCAGCGCCCAGGAAGUGGGAUGGGGUGAGAUGGCAGCACUGCCCAGGGCUGGGGGGGAGGGAGGGAGGGGAAAUGGAGAAGGCAUUCGGCACUUAAUCCAGCUCUUAAGGCGACACUUUAUUGCUCAAUCGAUGGGUUCGUUUCAAAAUGACGUUUCUGCAGAUAGGCACCUAUGCAACUUCACGUGGCUCUUAAGCAGAUGAGCACUUCCUCCUCGACGAGCUCGAUAAGAGUUCUUUGUGUUAUAUACUGUGGAUUUUUCCAGUAAAUGUGGCUUAAUAUUUUAAUUCUUAGAACGUGUGUCUGUUAUGUAUGUGAUGCAACUCAAUUCUGUUCUGUUUGUGGAAUGAUUAGCACAGGCCCACUCCCCGUUCCCCUCACUUAACGAAGACCAAUGAGCUGUUAAUCGAGCUGUUAUCUCCAUGGUAUUACUGCUAAAUGCACUGAUUUCAUACGUAUGUGGAAUCCUCUUUUUUUUUUUUUUUCUAUUUUUCUUUUUCUUUUAUUUUUAUUUUUUCCUUUGGAAUCUGUAUAUCAUAUAUAAGACUGAAUUUGCUCAAUAAACACUGUAUAACAGAA